AUGUUUUAUCGAAUUUUAAUUACCCCAUAUAUUUGGUUUAACUUCACUAAUGUUCUAGCGUAUUUGUAUUUUUUUCAUUUAUUUCUAUCCCAGGUAUUCGAAGAGAAUAUGUCACCAGCACAUCACGAUAAAAAUAUUUACAAUCUUGUCGAUAUAGAUAGUUUCAAACAAGAUGCUUUGAUAAACAACCUGGGAGAUCGACAUAAAAUAAAAGAGCCUCUUAAUAAACACUCCUCUUCCCCAAAAAAAUGGGCAGGAAAAUUGUUAAACUUUCAAUUAAAUUCUAAAAAAUCUAAAAGUAAUAUAUCUGCUACUCCUAUCAUAUCUUCUCCGAUUACCUCUAUCACACCCAUUGAAUCAUCUCCUAUUGCAUCCAAAUAUUCGUUUGGUUCGCCGUAUACUUCUUUAGGUUGCACAACUCCCACAACUACAUACCCCUCUCGUGUAUCCUCACUUCCUCGUCCUAUAUCUCGAACAUCAUCUAGAAGUAAUAUAAAUAUUUCAGUUGCUAACUCAACAAACUCUAAACAUUUUAUACCGUUAACGGAUGGAAUACGAGUUGAGCAGUUGAAAUCAUCUAGUAGUGGCAAACGGUCGUUUUUGAAUGAUAAUUGUACUAUAUGUGAUGAGCCAAUAUCACAUAGAAGCUAUGGGGAGAGAGUUGUUGAAUUACAAUGCGGGCAUUUAUGUCAUCAAGAUUGUCUUUUGAUAUCAUUUGAAGACAUAUCGACUGCGUCCACAAACAUAUACGAAUUGUUUCCACAAUGUUUGAAAUGUAAAGUCGAAAAAUCAAUUGAUAUAAAUUGUGUUCCCAAGGAUGAAACUUUAAAAGAAAAAAUCAUUUCAGACGUUUUUAUGACAAAAGUUGGAAUUAUAUCUACGCCUACUACGACCUGCACUCAUACCCCAAUGACCUUCUCUUCUUCGUCACCAUUAAAUGGAAAAGAACAAACAGUAAUGAGACAAAUAAUAAAUGUUGGUUCUAAUUCUGAUUUUAAUAGUAAUAAAAUUGAUUCAUCGCCCAAAUAUUUUAAACAAACCCAUCAAUUGUCUAGACCAUUUCAAUAUUCUUCUAGGAAUAUCAUUCCAACAAGUUCAUAUCCAAAUAUUAACGAUCAAACAACCAUAAAUGAUAACAUAAGUUAUAUAUCGAAUUCAAAAGGUCAUAAUCAAUCGACAUUGAAUACUAGUAUAUCCAUACCUCUUCUUAGAACAUAUUUUUUAGAUCUUAUCAUAAAUAGAUUUAACUCAGAUAUUUCAAAAGAGUUAAUAGAUUCAACAUUUGGAUUACUAAGGGUAGUGGAUAGAAUGAUUAUAUCUGAUGAAAAAUCCAAUUUUUCCCCGUGUUGGUGCUUUUUAUUUACCAAUUGUUUAAUUAUCGUAUAUACAGAUCCACAACAAAACCAGAAUGACGAGAAUAUCCUGUUAAAUACAACGUUUCAAAGUAUGGAAAUGUUUUAUCCACUUGAUCAUGUGGAUGUUCAACCUGUUACUAACUCUGUUUUGCAAUGCACGAUAAUAGCAAAUUCUAUCUCGAGGAAUUUUUGUUUGGCGGAAUCUACAACUAACUGUUCUUCUGAAAUCUCACAAAAAUGGGCAUCUGCUCUACUCAAUGACAACCUUGUAUUCAAUGAGGAAACAUUUACGUCUACAUUACCUCUUCCUCCGAUUAUCAAAAGUAUGACAAACGAUGGAGAUGUUUUAACCACAUAUUCUGGUAACGGUCGAGACCAGCAGGUGACAGAAUUAGGAACAAUUUCACAUAUCAGAGGAAGUGUUGUUAUACGUAGAAUGUCAAAUAUUCCACCACAAGUAUACAACAAUGAUACGAGAAUGUCUCUAUCGACCAUGCAAACGUCUGUUAGUUCUAUUAUUUCAAUAAGACAUAAAAAGCCCGAUAAUUUAGUUAUUAUCUUACAAAUUGAUAAACAAUAUAUUAAUUGCACAGAUAACUAUAAUACCAUUUAUAAUAACUUAAAAGCUUUAGAGAUAUUGUUUCCUGCCCUCUAUAUAUGUCUGAUUGAUUCUAAGAUGUCUGUAAUAAAACAAGGUCAUAUGUCCGACAUAUUGAAAACUCCAGAUGAUCUUAAAAUUUCCAAUCCCAUUGGUAUAUUCAAUAUUGAGGUAUUAAAGAAAAGUAUUUUAAAUAUUAGUAACUCUCCGAAUAAAAAUUUUGGGAUAGCUCUGAUAUCAAACACUAUAAUGAACAAAGAGUUUUGUAUUUUAUUUCAACACAUUACGUUAUUAAAGAAAAUUGGUAUACUCCGUGCAAAUAUCCUUAAAAUUAAAGUCGGCUACCUAAAUAUGAGUUAUGCCGAUCAAAUAGACGAAUUGGCUGAAAUCGAUAACUGGACAGAUAUGUUAGAAUUACUAUGCUACACUUUUGCGAUAGACUAUGAUAGUGAUGAUGAUAACAGCGAUAUUUCAGACAUUGAGGAACAUUUCUCAUUAACAACUUCUGGAGAUAGAGACAGUAUUGAAUCAUCAGGCGACUCUUUAUUAACUUUAAAUAUAACAAGUUCUCUCUUCGGUACGGAUAAUCUCGACGUAAUAGCAUGA